AUGGACUUUCUGCCGCUGAAGUUCGAAGAAUUCGUAAGUUUGAUUUUACAGGGAAAAACCAACUAUUCACAACAGUGUGCUCCAUGCCAUGGGGGCUCCUUGAUCUGUACUAGUAAGGGGUUUGGUUUCAUAAUGGUGAGAUAUCGGGAGCGAAAAACUAAUCGAGGUAAAACACCUGUUGAAGUGAUGAGAACAGCAGUUGAUGAAGUUCUGAAAAAGAACAGAGCUAUCAAUGCUGUUGCACGUGAAACUGGAAUUGACCGAAUGACAUUGAAGCGAUAUGUUCGGAAGAGUAGUCUCAGUCCAAGUGUAGGUUUGAUACCGAAUUGGAAUACAAGGCAGAAAGUUAUUCAUUACAUUGGCCAAAUAAUAUCGGAAGCUGGAGAUUUAAUGGUAAAAUACUUGAAAAGGGAAAAGAUGUCAUCAUUCAACUUUAUCUGUAGAAAUGAUGAAUUAUAUCAAUUUAUAAAAGAGGACAUUGUUUGUAAAGUUCCAGAUCCAAUUCAGCAUGGUGGGACUGCUCGAGCAAUUUUGAUUUUAUCCUACGAGAUAUUGCUGGGAUGA